CUGGACUAGCCUUGCUGUGACAUGGAAACAACGGGACUCUACAGCCUCCUUUAUUACUUCAUUCUCAAUUCGCCCUUUAUUACUUGUGCAAAUGCUGCAUUUACUGAAGUCCCUAAAGAUGUGAGUGUGGGGGAGGGAGAGGAUGUGGAGAUGCCCUGCGCCUUCAAGGCUGUCAGUUCAGCGCCCAUGUCUUUGGAGAUCCAGUGGUGGUACCAGAAGGAGGAUGUGCCUAAAGAACUGCCUCAUGAGCUGCAGAUUAGCAGCCUGGCCAACAGAGCUAAGGUUGCUCCAAGGGGACCCACAAAAAUAAGUACUGUGCGUGUUCAGGGCAACGCCAUCUCCCAUCGCCUCAGCCUGUCCAAGGUGAAGAAGGAAGAUGAGGGGGUGUACGAGUGCCGCGUAUCGGACCUGUGGGCCGACGAGACUCAGGAAUUUACGGUCCACGCCACGCUGCACGUCAUGCAGGGUGAUGGCAUGGUGGCUGAGGAAGCUGUGUCGCACAUCCAGAACCGCUGGCUGCUGAGGAAUGCCAUCACAGCCCUGGGAGGAGGCACAGCUGGGAGGGCCACCUCGGAUCCCGGCCAGGGCCUGAUGGGAGGUCCGAGAUUAGGGCAGGGAAAGCACCGGGUGCCUCAGCAGGCCCAGCCCGGUCUCCUCCCCUCCAUGUUGUCCACCACCACUUCGGUGGCCAAGUCGUCAGCCUCACCACCGCCAGGGAACACUGGCAUCCUCCGACAGCAGCAUGGAGCUGGCUGCAGCGUGAUGAGCACCAUGGACCCCCUCCUCUGCGUCACUCUCCUGUUCCUGCAUAAGCUCCUCCCCUUCCUGUUGGCCCACUGA